AUGACGGAGGCAGUUAUCAAAAAACUACUCGAAGAAAACUCAAAAAAGCUUAUAGAUGUUAUGGAGAGCAAUAAAACUGAGCUUAAGAAUGCAUUAAGUUCCUGCGAAACGAGAUUACAGUCGUCUAUUGAGCUAGAAAGUAAAAAAGUACGAGAUCUGGAAGAAGAAAAUUUCAAAUUAAAAAAUAAAGUUGAACAGUUGGAAAUAACUCUAAAAAGAAACAACAUUAUUAUAUUUGGUCUUAAAAAAACCAAUAAUACAAUAAACUUAAAUUUUAUCAUCGAUAUAAUUAAUAAACUUUUCGACAUAAGUUUAAUUGAUUCGGAUAUCUCCAACUUUUACUCUUUGGGCAGAGACCUCAAUGCUCCUCUAAAAAUUGAAUUUUGUAGCUAUCUCAAAAAAAAAAGUAUUCUUCUCAAUUCCAAUAAAUUAAAGAAUACAGGAGUUUUUGUGGCGGAUGAUUUAACUGAACUUCAAAGAGCUCAGUAUAAACAACUCAAGGAAUAUCUUUUGAAAUAUAUGGAAGAAGGCAAACAUUGCUUCAUACGAGGCAACAAAUUAAUUUUGGAAAAUACAAGUUACUCACUGGAUGAUCUAGAUAGUCUAAAAACUCAAAAAAUCGAUAGUGCCCCUUCCACUCCUGGCUCAAGUUCUGACCCCUUUAACAUACAGUUGGAAGACAAACCUACGAAGCAAGCCGUCGCCGCCAACUCAACCAUUUCGAAGUUGGAUAAAUUGGGUAAAGUGCAUCAAGUUCCUGUGGUUAAGAAGACCACACGCUCAACUUCAAAACAGUAG